AUGGAGAGCUUCGUGAGCGAGCGAGGAGCAGACGAGCGGCCCAACGCGACUUCCAAUACGCAGCAGCCGCUACCGCCACCACAGCAGACCCACAUCUUUGCUCGCUUUCCACACGUCCGCGAAUUCUUCUGCGGCGGCACCGCAGCUGCGAUCAACAUUGUCAUCACGUUCCCUCCGAAUAAAGUCAUGUUUCGACAGCAGCUAUUUGGCCUCAAUACAUGGCACGCUUUCGAAAACGUGCGGAGCGAAGGGUGGCAAAUGUUGUACCGCGGCGUGAAGCCCCCGCUCGUGCAAGCUAUGGUGUCCAAGUCCAUUAUGUUUGGACUGUACAAUUUCUACGACGACAUGCUGGUCCAGAGCUUUGGAGAACGGCCAGGACUCAAUCUCUUUGCAGCAGCAAUGGCAGGCACGUCUGAAGCUGUGCUGGCCCCUUUCGAGAGAGCCCAGACGCUGCUCCAGACGCCCAAGUUUAAUCAAGAAAUCGCAGGCGCGUACGACGCGAUGGUCCACAUUAACAAAUACGGCCUGAAAGAGCACUACCGAGGCCUUUCGGCUAUAUUGUGUCGGAAUGGACCGGGAAAUAUCUUGUUUUUCGGACUGCGUGAACCGCUGCGUCAGGCGUUUCCGAGAGGUGACACGACGGCCGCGACGAUGACGAACGACUUUAUCUGCGGCGCCACGUUGGGCGCUAUCAUCAGUACCUUUACAUUUCCCAUCAACGUGGCUCGGACACGUAUGCAGAGUGUGUACGGGCAACCGUUUAUCGGUCCAUGGGAGGCACUGCAGCUUACCUACCGAGAGCGUGGCUGUAGUGUGAGGAAGUUGUACCGUGGUGUGCAGAUGAACUUUUUUCGCUCGCUGCUGUCGUGGGGUAUUAUCAACUCCACUUACGAGAAAUUGAAAUCGAUAACAUGA